AUGACGAGGGAACUGCGGGACAACACUCCUCAGAGCCAGCCCGUCUUCCAGCCCUUUGUCACACUGACCACUGCUCUUAGCAAGCCGUCCAGCGCGAGUGGCUUCUACCAGGACUCCUGUUACGUCUGCAUUAACAAUCCAGGGGUCACAGUUUCAGAUUCACUCAGUUCUCAAAGUAGUGAUAUUUUUCUUUAUGAUGAGGACCGGGACACGUGUGACAACCGCAUGACCUGCUCCACCAGCUCUGCCUCCAGCCUCGACACCAGCGCCCAGUUCCCGGAGAAUAACGGGCAAACGCAGAGCACCAGAUGGGACGAACAGCAGAAGGUGUUCGCCCUCGAGCAGGUCUGCGGUGUCUUUAGAGUGGACCUGGGACAAAUGAGAUCCCUUCGCCUCUUCUUCAGCGAUGAGGCAUGCACCUCUGGACAGCUGGUCGUUGCGAGCAGGGAGAGCCAGUACAAGAUCUUCCACUUUCACCAUGGCGGCCUGGAUAAACUCUCCGAGGUGUUUCAGCAGUGGAAGUACUGCACAGAGACCCAUCUCAAGGACCAGCAGCUUACCGAUGAGAAAACCUGCAUGCAGUUCUCCAUCCGCCGUCCCAAGCUGCCCUCCUCGGAGACCCAUCCGGAGGAGAACGCAUACAAGCGCCUUGAUGUGUCUGCCUGGCUCCGUCACCUGAAUGAAUCCGGGCAGGUGGAAGAGGAGUACAAGCUGCAGAAGGCUAUUUUCUUCGGUGGGAUUGAUGUUUCCAUCCGUGGGGAGGUCUGGGCACUGAGGGUGCGGAAGAGGAAAGAGUACUUUGAGAUCCAGGAGAAAAGGCUUUCCAUGACGCCAGAUGAACAGAAGGAGUUUUGGCGUAACGUACAGUUCACGGUAGACAAAGACGUCGUGAGGACUGACCGCAGCAACCAGUUCUUUCGAGGGGAGGACAACCCAAACGUGGAAACCAUGAGGAGAAUCCUGCUAAACUAUGCAGUAUUUAACCCAACAAUUGGAUACUCCCAGGGGAUGUCCGACCUGGUUGCCCCACUCCUGGCCGAGAUCCUAGAUGAGUCGGACACUUUCUGGUGCUUUGUAGGACUGAUGCAGAACACGAUUUUCAUCAGCUCGCCCCGGGAUGAGGAUAUGGAGAAGCAGCUGAUGUACCUGCGAGAGCUGCUACGGCUCAUGCACCCACGCUUCUACCAGCACCUUUCUUCCUUGGGAGAGGAUGGCCUGCAGAUGCUUUUCUGUCACCGUUGGAUCCUCCUCUGUUUCAAACGGGAGUUUCCAGACGCCGAGGCUUUGCGCAUGUGGGAAGCGUGCUGGGCUCACUAUCAGACUGACUAUUUCCACCUCUUCAUCUGUGUGGCCAUCGUGGUGAUUUAUGGGGAUGAUGUUAUUGAACAGCAGCUGGCUGCUGACCAGAUGCUGCUGCAUUUCAGCAACCUGGCUAUGCACAUGAACGGAGAGCUUGUGCUCAGGAAGGCGAGGAGCCUGCUGUACCAGUUCCACCUCCUGCCCCGCAUCCCCUGCAGCCUGCAUGACCUCUGCAAGCUGUGUGGGACCGGGAUGUGGGACAGCGGCUUCAUCCCUGCUGUGGAGUGCUCUGGCCAUCACCCCGAGUCCGAGAGCUGCCCGUACGGGGGACUGGUGGAAGAGUCUUCUCCUAAACCAGGAAGCGAAGGCAAGAGAGGCUUGAAAACACGGGACGUCUUUGCUUUCCGAAAAUAGCUGUAGAGGAACAGGGUGUGACAGCGGAAGAGGGAAGGGCAGGAAGGAUGUGCACGGGAAAAUGCUGAAGACAAAAAUGGAGGG